AUGCCCCUAGUUCGCCAUUCCCCUGUUCGUCGCACUGCCAUGACGCCUGGCUCUUUGGAAGAUGCUGGCGAUGCCUCCUUCCACAACGAUACGCUGUUGGAUGACCAACAUGAGGAUCAACAUGACGAUCGUCGGGCUCCUCGGGACAACAUUGACAACAGAAAUGUUGACAAUCGCCGCCGUCACCGUGAGCAUGCUCCCCACACCCAUGACAGACCCGUCGACGACCAGCGGAUCAUGGACGACCAACGUGGCAUCAACUCCAUGGUCAACAACGCUAUUCAGGAGUUCGGUUCCGGUAACUUCUUGAUGGCUGAUGGCUCGAAUUUUCGGUCAUGGACUCGCGACAUCGAGAUGAUCGCCCUCAGCUUCCUUCAAGACAAAGAUUUUUUCAAUUCACCCUGUGCUCGCCCUCGGAUGGAGCCGGCUGGCCGCCGUAUUCUCCUGGGCGUCAUCGACAGCUCACUCAAACAUGAACUCUACUCAAAGGAUUCUAGCUAUAAAAUGAUGGAAGCUAUCAAGUCCAGAUUCAGCUCCGUCAGCAAGGCUCGAAUGCUGACCAAAUGGCGUGAACUGCUCCACAUCAAGGUCGAUAUGUCGUCCAACCCUGCCAGUGUGGCCACUCAGUACAAAGCCAUUAUCGAUGAACUUGGAGAUAUGGGAGUCUAUCUGGCUUACGAUGACCUCUUGCCACUUGUACUUCACGACUCCAUACCUCAAGGUUCCAAUCUCCGCCUUGAUGCUGAAUUCGCACUCAAUGGUCGGCAAGUGAUUUCCUUUGAGAAGACCUGGCGUAUUUUGAGCGAGGCGAUCUGCCAAGUCCGGGCUGUGGACACCCUGGAUGACUCCCGCCGGCCUCCUCAGUUCAUGGCCGCCAUUCCGGAUUCCCCGGCUUGUGACGAUCGCUCCCCCUCCGUUGUCAGUCAUCCGGACAAUGUGUACGCCCUGGCCGGUGUGGAACUGCUGAACAAUCAGAAACAGAGCUUGGAGGGGAAAUAG